AUGACGACCAUAGGACAAAAAUACUGUCUCCUGCUGUUGUUGGCAAUCGCCGUUACGCCAGCGUUGUCUGUGAACAACGACCUGGAAUCAUCGAAGUCGAAGGGGCAUUUUUCGAGCAGCCCGGCCGAGACCCAUAAAGUGGGAUCUCCUCUGGGGGAUCCUGUGAACUCCGAACAGGAACAAUCUUCACUCGUCGUGAGACACCCUCGGGACACUAGACUUCGUCCCCAAGCUGCCAAAGAUGUGGAAGCAUCGAAAUCCGGCAUGUUCGAGGCCAAGUUCAAGGACAGAGGCGACACUGAAGGCGCAGUGGGUCGUGCAGGAGAUACCGAUGCGGAGAUCGGAGCCGGGAGCCGAGCCGGGGGGGUAAGGAACGGCAAGAAAGCACGACGAACCCAUAAGCACAAGUCCAAGGAGGAACGAUCGGGUUACGCCGAGGAUUCCAAUGAUCGAUCGGAUUACGAUACCUCCGAUCAAGAUAAUUACGAUCAUCACGAGCGACAUGCCGAUUUCGCGCAUUAUGCACUCAACGACUUGAAACAUGCGGGUCACAGCGUCGAGGAACAAGCAAACUAUGAAUACCGCAGCGACGAUCACGCCGGGUUCGAAGAUCAUGAUCGACACGCCAGCCACGAUCACCAUGCGGAACACGCCAACUAUGAUCAUGAUCGCGAGAAUGACGCCGACUUCGACGGCGCAGCGAUUGGCGAUGAGCGUGGUGAAUACGAUGGAGGGCACGGCGAGUACGAAGACGAGCAGGGUGAGUACGAUGAGCAACGAGAUGAGUACGAUGAGGGGGCUGACGGAUACGACGACGAGCCCGAAGAUUACGAUGCAGAGCAUGAAUACUACGAUGACGAAGACAGCGGAUACGACGACGAUCAGAGCGGAUACGAUGACGGAAGGAAUGCCGUCGAGGCGGAAGACGGAACCUACGACGGCGAACGCGCAGAAUACGAUUCCGAAGUGGAAUACGGAGAUCACGACGGACCUCAUGACGACGCGGACUUCGACAGCGAGGACGCCGAUUACGACGACGGGAACGAUGCCGAGUCCGAAACCGCAUUUAUUGAAGACUUCGAGUCUGAGGACCAAUCGGACUUCGACGCAGAGCAAGACGGAAACUACGAUGCAACAGAUCCUCGUGUAGGCGACUUCGGCGAAGCAAGCUUCCACGCUGACGACGAUGGAGAAGGCCUUGUCGCGUCAGUCAAUGGUCGCAGGGUAAAGCGAUCGAGCGCCAAGAGACGAUCUGCCUCGAUGUCUGGUCACCUGCCUUAUCCACUCUUGCGGAAGCAGCGCAAUGCAGAGACGGUAACUCAACCUAAGUAUCCACAAAUCCGCAACAAGGCUCAAGUGAAUUCUCGCCAAGAUCGCCACGGAUUCGGCCGUGAGAAACGUCUCGAGCCCGCACAUUUGGAGCAUGCAAAAGUAGCUCGCCAGAAGCGUCAAGUUCUCAAUCGCCAGCAACGUCGAGUCAAUGCCCCUCGAAAAAGUUCCAUCCACUCCCGCCAGAAACGAGAUUUCCCGCACGGACGGGCACAUGCAGCUGUGGAUAAAGCGCCUCUUAGUGCACCCUGA